AUGUUAAACCAAAAAACCAUCUAAAUGAUUCCACAAAAUUACAAUAUGUUAGUUAAAGUUCUGUCUUUUAUAAAUAAUGAUGAAGGUAUUAUUUUCAACAAAUAUAAUAGAAGAAUAAUCUCAAUAAGAAAUAGAAAAGAAAUAAAAAGGUAAAUUAUUAUCAAUUAUAUUCAGUUUUUGAAAUUCUAAGAACCAGUAUGCAAUUAUAAGAAGUUGAUGAUAAAGAAAAUGAUUAUGAGUCUGAUUAUAUUCCUGUUAUUUGUGAAGAAGCAUGUCUUUCUUAAUAAAGUACUCAAAAAUCUUAACAAUCUCAGUACUUAAGAUCACCUUUAUAAACAUUUACUCAACAUUUUUAAAAUUAAAAUAAAGGUUUUGGAGGAAGACUUUUUACUCUUACUGAUGAAACAGAAUAUACAGUUGAUGAUCGCAAACCAACUCAUACAAGAGGUCCAAGCAAAAUAUAAGAAAUAUUAUAGGAUUUAUAAGCUAAUGUAACUGAUGACAUUAUGAAAAUGGCAAAUGAUAUCAUUAAAUUUACUGAAAAUAGUUCAAAUACAAAUGCAAGUGCUUAAUUUAUUCCAAGUGAUUAAAAAUCAAAAAAACAAUUAAGUGAAUAAAAAAUUAAUUAACAACCAAGAGAAACAAAUACUAAUAAUCUUAAAAAUGGAUUCAAAUUAUUUCAUAAACAAAAUAGUUAAAAUUAACUAAAUAACUCAAGUUUAUAAACUAAUGGUGAACCAUAAAAAUAAAAUUAAUAAUUACAAAAAGGCACCAAUUAAGUAAACACAAUCAAUUAUAAUUCAAAUAAUACUAAUUAUAAUUCUAAUUAUAAUACUAAUACAUCUAUUUAAAAAUGCAAAUAAAAAUCAGAGAGAAAUUCAGAAGAAAAUAUGAAAAAUAAUAGCAAUCAUAAUAAUAAUUCUAAAUCUUCUAAAUAAAUUGUAAAUACAAGAACUAGUUAAUAUUAGAUUAAUUGCAACUCUUCAUAAAAUUCACAUCAACAAAAUUCACCAAGUUAAGAUGAUCAAAGAAAUCAAUAUUAGUUCUAUUCUAAUAAGCAAAACUCAAAUAAAAAUAGUAAUCGAGACUCUGUUUUUAGUAAAAAAAGUAAAUAGCAUGAAAUAGAUGAAUUUGAAGAGAAUUUUCAUGUAAAUUCAGAUAGUUUCAAAAAUAAUCCAAAUUACAACCAAAUUAGUUAAAAUUUCUAUGAAAUUGUUUAGAAAUAAUUCAACUUCUCUCAAAAUUCAGAUGAUGAAUAUUAAGAUUAAUAAUCUAUUGAAAAUUAAACUCCUAAUUUAAAUAUUAGUAAGAAACUAGAAAAAGAUAACUUAAGCAUAAAUAAUAGUGGUACAAUAAACUAAUAAAGUGAUAAAAAAUCUUAUUAAGAAUUUUGUGAACCUUGUUAAAAAUCAUAAGAAAGUGAUUAAAAGGAAAAUAAUAUUGUUUAGAAAAAGAAAAUUAAAAGAAGAAAAAGGUCUAGAAUUCCAAAAAAUAUUAAAUAUUUUUUAGAUAUCAUAGAGGAAUAAUCAAAUGAUUAUUAUACUCCAGAUAAAUCAUUAUUGGAAUCAAGUGAAUGUCUUGAUACAAUAUAAUCAGUUCCAAAUUUUGGAGAAAGUGAGCAUCAUAAUAUGAGUUAUAGAUCUGAUCGUAAAAACUUUACAAUUAGCGAAGGUAAUAAAAUAAAAAUCAAAACACCUAACACAUAAGAUAUCAAGGAAUAAUUAUAAUCUUCAGAUUCAUAUGAUCGUCCCAAUAGCUAACUAAUUAAUCAAACCUUAGUGAAUUUUGAGGAUAUUGAUUAAAUCUUGAAUUAAGUUUAAGGUUAUAAGGCUUUGCGAUGCAAAAACUAAGAAGAAGAAGCAAUUCUUGCAUCUUGGAAUAGAGUAUGCAAUGAAAUUAUAAGAAAAAAUUUACUUCCAGUAACUUUGGAUCUUGAGAGGGUACUUUAUUUUACUAAAUAUUAGAUAUAAAAUUAACUGGAAAUUUAACAAUAAAAUUCGCAUUGUUAAAAAAGAUAUCAGCUAAUUAAUGCUUUCAAUAGAAAUUACUUAAAUCAUACUCAAAAAACAGAAUAGAAUUCAUUUGUUGAGAAUUCCUGUAUCAUUGAAACUGAUUAAUAAUAAAUAGAGAAGAGCGAAUCUGAAAUUCAAGUAGACGAUAUUGAUGAUGCUGGGGUUGGAUUACUAAAUAAAUAAUUUAGUCCCAAUUUUAGUGAUGUUUGCAAAAGGAUAUAAUUCACUAGUCCAGAGGAACCAAAAAUACUUCUUGGAAAAGUAACUAAUUAUAAGGAUUAGCAAAAUGUCUAAAUGUACAAUACUAAUUAUGAAUAAUAAUAAUUGAAUUAUUAAUUUUGA